AUGCACAGGAAUUUGAGACGGACGUUACUAAAAGCCGCUGCGCUGAUAACACUAACAGCUGUAGCGAUAGCGACGCUAGCAACGGAGUCAGAGCUCUACGGCGAUAUACACAUUGAGGGAGAAUUUGAAUCACUCAGUCAAACUCGACAGCGUCAACAGCAGCAGCAUCUCUGCCAGCGUGAGCUACCUUCAAUCUUCUUUCAGACCUUGAGGAAUACACCUGUCCGAGGUAAUGGAUCUACCAUAUACUACCAUCGCAUUGAAUUGUGCUGCGAAGGCUAUCGUCCGGAUCCUUAUACAGGUUUAUGUGUUGCGGACUGUGCCCACAUUUCGCCGGACAACUGCCGGAAUGGCUUUUGUCGUGAUCCCGGGAAUUGUGAGUGCUUCUCGGAGUUUGUGCGCAAUGAACAGGGGGCAUGUAUCCACACUUGCCCCAUUGCCUGUCAGCAUGGACGUUGCUAUCUGAACGGCACUUGUGUCUGUCAAAAGGGCUAUGUCCUCGACAAUGAGACGCGUCUCUUCUGCCGUGCCCAUUGUCCCAAGGAAUGUGGCACGCAUGAGGAGUGCGUUGCCCCAAGUCAAUGUGAUUGUGCAACUGGAUAUCGUCGCACCUCGGAACUAGGAUGCCAGCCCAUUUGUGCCCCAGACUGCGGCUACGGCAAGUGCGUGGCUCCUAAUCAGUGUGAGUGCUUUCCCGGAUUUAUUAAGAGGCCGCAGCGCAAUGUCUGCGAGGCUGAAUGUUACAUAAACUGCGAGAAUGGCUUUUGUGAGUCACGCUACAAGUGUCAUUGCCGUGAGGGCUAUCGUUUCGAUAUUAACAGUACCAGCUGUCUGCCCGAGUGUCAGGAUAACUGUGGCCAGGGCAAUGGAGUUUGCAUUGCUCCGGGUGUCUGUCGCUGCUUCCAGGGCUACGAGCUGCGCGGAAACAGCUGUGUGCCAAAGUGCACUGGCUCUUGCGGAUCCUAUGGCAAAUGCCUGGCCCCUAAUAUUUGUGGAUGUGGACCUGAUGAACAGCAUUGCCUGUAUGGGAGCUGUGAUGCCAAUGGCCAUUGUCAAUGCCCGUUCGGACAGACGCACUUCAUCGACCGAUGCCUGCAGCUGCAGCACAUUGCUAAUCAGCUGAGUAGCCUAGAUCGACGAAAGGAUCGAAAUCAGGAGUUGAAAUAUGAAUUUUACGCACUUAUUGGACGUCUGUUUAAUUGGAUGUGGGAUUAAAAUUUUAACAAAUAAUUCGAAUAAAAUGCAUACUAGACGA